GUUUUUGGUUAUUGUCAAUUGUCAAUUUGUUUUUUUGAUGCUAAUGUAAUAAAGUUACAACGUUUAUCCAUAAUAGAAAUAGAAAUAAAUUUAUAUUAAUUUAAAAAAACUAAUAAAUGGAUAAGAUAUUUCAAAUAGAAUCAUCUGAAUUUUUCCGAAAUGUAUCUCAACAAAUCUUGGCUAAUUUAUAUUACUCAGGAACCACAUCAACAAUGCCAUACAUAGAAGCUGAUAUAGUUCAUUUAGCAAAACAGGAAUUGAUCUCAAUAAUUUCAGAUUGUAAUUUUGACUUGGAAAAAAUUAAAGAUGUGAUUAAAAGUAAAGACUGGGCUGUUGACAAAGUUGAAUACUUUCAAGACCUAUUAGAAGAAAAUAAGUCAAGUGUUCUUUACUCAGCUUACAAUCACUUCAACAGCAGUUACUGUGAAACUGUUCUUGGCUAUGAUUGGAUUGUAAAAUUGGUCCUUGGUACAAGUGAAUUGAAAACAAUGAAGUACCCCUUAUUACAAUUAGUUAUGACAACAUUAAAUAAAACUGGAAAACAAAAUAAGAUUUUGUAUGAGGCCAAUAAAGACAUGUUGUUGAAAAUUAUUAACAGUUUAGAAAGCUUAAAAUAAAGUUUUGUUAUGAAUUAUGAAAUUAUAUUCUUAUACCUCUAUUUAACCUUACAAUCAAGGCAAUUCGAGACACAAUAGAAGAGCAAUGGGUGGGUGAAUGCUGGUCGCUUUGGGUUUGAUGAAUUAAUACACACAAGGAAUGAUGAUGUAUAAAAUGGCUGGUGCAAGAAAGAGUUAAAGGAAAAAUUAACUAAUAAAAGUAACUUAACAAUCUAUAUAAAAGAAAGUUACUCUAUUUGUAACUUGAAAACAUCUGAAGUAAUAUAGCUAUAAGAUUGGUAGGGAGGUAGCUUAAAACCAGGAGUCAGAUAGACAAUACCUUUUCUGUCUUACCCACUUCCCUAAAAAGAAAAUGGUUGCUUGCAUGGGUUAUUUUCAAAUUGCGAACAUAAAAUUAGUGUAUGUAACUAAAUACUUUAGUUUUAUUUUAUAGUAGUAUUCAAGCCCUAUAUAAUUAUAAAAAUCACCACUUCGUUGUAAAUAACUCAACAAUGCCAUUAUCAAUUAGGCUUAUUUUGGUCAUGAAUUAGUUGUGGAAAUCCAGAGACGGUUUGUAUGUAGAG